UCGCAGACGGAAGCGUAUCGUAGGAGGGAACGCCGUCGAGGUGGGGGCAUAUCCAUGGAUGGUCCAGAUCUACCUUCAUAAUAUUUCGUUUGGAAAUGCAUAUUUCCACUGUGGUGGGACCCUCAUCAACAAAAGGACGGUCCUUACGGCUGCGCACUGCAUCACACGGAUCACAACUGCCACAACACUGAGAGCAAUAACGGUUGGAAAUAUUGAUCGUCGCCAGUUAUUCGAGUGUGAUAAUGACAAUACGACCUGCACAAACUCAACACAAUUUGGCAUCGAAGAGACAAUUGUUCAUGAACUUUAUGCCGAGGGAAACGUUCGAAACGAUAUCGGAAUGAUACGGUUGAAACAGGAUGUUAUAUUCAAUGACUUUGCAAGGCCAAUUUGCUUACCAUAUACUGAAAACAUAUUCAAGAAAUUCAAAGAUGGAAAACUGACAGUGAUUGGUUGGGGCACACAAAAUAAAGCGGACGACGGGAAGCCCAGGGUGAUCUCAUGGAAGGAACAGGAAGUAGAAAACAAUCUCGUGUCGCGAGAAAACUGUAACCGAUUUUUCAGCAGGACCACAGGCAAAUUAGCUUAUUCUCAGUUAUGCGCAGGUGGUUAUCCAGGAAAAGGGGACUGUCAGGGCGAUUCAGGAGGCCCCCUUUUCAAAAAGCUACCUGUCGAAAGCCUACAAGGAAGUAAUGACACGAUAGAACGAUUUUUCCAAUUUGGAAUUGUGUCCACCGGAGCAGUUGUCGAAUGUGGAAAGCAAGGCAAACCAUCCGUGUAUACUUCCGUUUUGUACUAUCUGCCUUGGAUUUUGGACAACAUUAUUCCGAAAGUAAAGAUUACGAUAUGCAGUAAUUGCACCGUAACAAAUAAAGUGAAACCCUCGGAGGAGUUGAAUACAGGAAAUUCUGUGGACGUGAGGGUGUACAAAAAUGUAGAGUUGCUGCCAAAAUUCCCUGACUGCGGUCCUCCCCCAGCAAUUCUGCCCACGGUGAUGGCCGGAACUGGAUCGACCGGAAGUGGGGCAACGGGGUUGACGAGGGUCAAGCGAGUGGUGGGAGGACGUCCUUUUGGGUUGGGAUCUCUCGCCUGGAUGGCGCAAGUUUACGUGAGAAAUAGUAUUACGCUGGAUCUUCACUUGAGAUGCAGCGGAUUUAUUAUUUCCUCCCGAUAUGUUAUGACGGCUGCGCAUUGUGUGACAGAAAUUGCAUCGCCCUAUGCAUUGGAUAGCAUCGUGAUUGGAAACUACAAUAGGCUUCAACCGAAAGAAUGUAUUGAGGAGGAAUGCAAUGAACGAAAAUUUAUUCCAAUCGAGGAUGUAGUAGUGCAUGAAUAUUUUGCGAAAUACACUCAUGAAUAUGAUGUCGCCCUCAUUAGACUUCCAGAAGAAAUAAAAUUUGGCAAAUUCCUUCAACCAAUCUGCCUUCCUCUUAGUGAAGAUGACAACCAGGCUUGGACAGAUUCAAAAUUUACAACUGCGGGAUGGGGGAAAGUAUCGGGCGAAUCAGUAGAAAAUGGUGAACAUAGGCAUUCCAACAUAUUACAUGCCAUUAAUAUUACUCUUCAAAGUCGGAAAGCUUGUGAUUUCGUCUACUCCAGGCAAACUGGGGUCCUUGAUAAGUCAAGGCUCUGCGCGGGGGGCGAUGCUGGGAAAGGCGAAUGCUCUGCAGACACAGGUGGUCCGAUGAUGAGGUGGAUUUGGGGCCCAGGUCCAGAUGGGCCAAGAUCCAUUCCACGUUACUACGCCUUUGGGAUAGCUUCUUUCGUUGAAUGUGGCGAGCAAGGCACUCCCUCCGUCUACACAAACAUAUUAUUCCACAUGCCUUGGGUAUUGAGAAAAAUUGAACCAUAACUUUCCACUCGUACACGAUUUUUUUGGAAUACAGUUUAAUAAAUUAAUCAGGCAUGCGUUCUGGUAAA